CAUCAGUUUAUACUUGAUAAAAUAUUAAAAUGGUUUUCAAGGUGUCUUUUUCGUUCUUAAUUUUUAUCCUAGUUGCUAAAUGUACUGCAACUGACCCAUCUGAAGCUUCAAGUUCAGCUGGACCGAAAAAGGAAACUGAAGCUGAGAUUAUCGAAGAUUUGUUUAAUGAUUGCUUAAAAUAUUACAACCAAACUAAUGACGUUUGGGAACCAACUAGACAUCUUGUUUCGAUAUAUUAUUUUGACAUGUACAUGAGUGAACUGAAAAAUGAAAUCACCUAUGAUGAUGAUGAAAUCACGAUUGAAUAUUUCAAUGAGCAUACAGACAAAAAAAAAAUAGAUUUUGAAUUAUUAAAUUUACAACGAUUUAGUGAACUUUUUCAAUACCAUUGCAACAAAAAAAACAUUUCCGUACAGGAAUACGCAAAAGAUAGGAAAGAAGCAGCGAUUAUACGAGAUUCGUUAAAAGAUUGUAUACAAUAUAUCAGGGUGGACCUACGGCACGAUGUAGUUAAUCCUAUUUUAAUGGGUCAUUGUACUUUGUACAUGGUAAAGACCAUAGAAAGUUAUGAAGUUAUGCUUAAGUACUUCAAUGAAAGAGACAAAAAAUAUUUUAGCAAAAUAAGAGAUGAAAGAUUAAAUUUGAAACACUAUAGUAAACUUUUUAAACGCAUUUGCAACGAAAAAAAUAUGACCGUACAAGAAUGCGCAAAGGAAUGGAAAGAAAAAAGGAUUUUUGAAGAUUUGUUCAAGGAUUUCUCAAAACGGUUCUCCAAUGUCCAAAGUAAUCGUGUUUUAUUGGAUCAUUUUAUUGAGAUUAUGAGUAAACCAGGAGAAAUUUAUCAAAUCACGGAAGAUUACUUCAUUGAGCAUACAGACAAAAAAAAAAAAGAUUUUGAAAAAUUAAAUUUACAACAAUUUGAGGAACUCUUUACAUAUCAUUGCAAAAAAAGAAACAUGUCCAUAGAAGAAUGCGCUGACGACAGGAAAUACGCAUCGAUUAUAGAAGAUUCGUUUAAAGUAUGUUUAGAAUGGAUGAGUCACUACCGAUACCGUCCAUUUGAAAAUAUUAUAACCUGUAAUAUGUUUAUCGAAUGUAUGGGUGGUCUCAGAAAAGAUCAAGAAAUAUCCGAUAAAUUCUUCGAGGAUCAUCCAGAAGAAGGGCAAAAUAAAGAAAACAUAGGUUUGGAACUUUAUAGUAAACUUUUUAAAGACCAUUGCAAAAAAAUUGGAUAUCCCCAAGAUGUAUGCGCUGAAAAGAAGAAAAGUAAGAAAAGUAGGAAAUACCGGCGAUAUGUUGAACAAAAAGAUUUGAGAAUAGAAAAAUAUGAAAAAGAUGAUGAUUAUGGUUACUGAU